AUAAAAUUUCCCAAUCUCCAUUUCCGUCUCCGAAAUUCUCUCUCUAAAACUACGGUCGCUUUCUUCCUUUUCCAAUUCUUAACUUCGCCGUUGAAUUUCCCCCCUCAAGAUUCAUAAUUUCCAACUCUAACUCCCUCUUUCAGGUUGGAGCCUGGAUAAGGAUUAGUUUCUGGGUUUUUCCUCAAGACCGAAAUCUAUACCUGUAUAUUAGUAUUGCUUAUACUUUUGUUUAGGAAUACUUUUUCUUUUUUUAUAUCAAUCGAAUCGAUAUGGGAUAUCUUAACUCUGUCUUGUCGUCUACAAGCCAAGUCUACGGGGAUGAUGCUCCUGUUAGCGGUGGUGGCCUCAGUCAGAACGGAAAGUUCAGCUAUGGAUAUGCAAGUUCUCCUGGGAAAAGGUCUUCAAUGGAAGAUUUUUACGAGACGAGAAUUGAUGGUGUAGAUGGAGAAAUAGUUGGGCUUUUUGGAGUCUUUGAUGGUCAUGGGGGUGCUAGAGCUGCAGAGUAUGUUAAACACAAUCUAUUCAGCAACCUGAUUAGCCAUCCGAAAUUUAUUUCAGAUACUAGAUCGGCUAUAGCCGAUGCUUAUAAUCAUACAGACUCCGAGUUUCUGAAGUCGGAGAAUAAUCAGAACAGAGACGCUGGUUCAACAGCUUCAACUGCCAUCCUUGUUGGUGAUCGGCUGCUCGUUGCAAAUGUGGGGGAUUCAAGAGCAGUCAUCUGUAGGGGUGGCAAUGCCUUUGCUGUUUCUCGAGAUCAUAAACCAGAUCAAAGUGAUGAACGUCAACGGAUUGAAGAUGCUGGAGGAUUUGUUAUGUGGGCAGGAACUUGGAGAGUUGGAGGAGUACUUGCUGUAUCUCGUGCAUUUGGCGAUAGGCUUUUGAAACAGUAUGUAGUAGCUGAUCCAGAAAUUCAGGAGGAAAAGGUUGACAGUUCAUUAGAGUUUUUAAUUCUGGCGAGCGACGGACUGUGGGAUGUGGUCACAAAUGAGGAAGCAGUUGCAAUGGUAAAAUCAAUAGAAGAGCCUGAGGCGGGUGCGAAGAGGUUGAUGCAGGAAGCAUGUGAGAGAGGAAGUGCGGAUAACAUAACGGUAGUAUUGGUACGAUUCCUCGACAAUCAAGGUGGUAGUGGCGGCAAUAGUGGUGGUGAUUCCUCCCUUACCACCAAUAGCAACAACAACAACUAAAAAGGACUAUAUGAUAUGGUUUGUGUUUUUAACAAAAAAAAAAAAUUAUUCACCAGUUAUAUAUAUUUCUAAGUUCUACUAACUAACAAGAUAGUGUUGUUGUUGUUGUUGAUGGGCUUCAGUAAUUUGCAUUUGAAGUCAGUCUCUUUCUCACUUAGUCUAGAGUCUUCUAGACUGACUUAGACUCUUCUUCUGUGUAUUAUGUAUGUAUGUAUAAUGUAUCCUUUUUAAAGUUACUUUGCCUUUAAUAGUUUCACA